AUGCGUCUCCUCAACACAGAGACGCUCAAUUUUGAGACCUUUUACGAUAAAAUUCCUGUUUACGCUAUCAUUUCACACACGUGGGAAAGUGACGAGGUGCUGUUCCAGGAUAUUGAGAAUGGGACCGCAGAGAGGAGAGACGGGUUUGCCGAGGUGAAGGGAGCGGUUGGACAACCUGUCAAGGAUGGAUUCAAGUACACUUGGAUUGACACUUGUUGCAUCGACAAAUCAAGCUCGGCCGAGCUCUCAGAGGCCAUCAACUCCAUGUUUCGGUGGUAUCGCGAAGCUCAGGUCUGCUAUGCCUACCUGAGCGACGUCAAUCACGACGAUGACCACCGUGCCAAAUAG